AUGGAAUCCCCAAUCAAAACUUCUGCUCCCGCAGCCGUGAGCGCACCUAUUCUUCCUCCACCUAAAAGAUCAAUGUCUACCACCAAACCCAAGCUUCCCCAACUCAAGACUCCAAUGUCUUCAACUUUUCCCUCGGAGCUAUCAGCUCUAUCAAAUUCCGCACGUAGCCCACUUCCUGGCUAUGCCGACUUUAUCAUCAAACAAGAAGACUCUAUCAAGACUCCCAUUACCCCUCCACUUGCAUAUACCGACUUCCUCAAGACUAUGAACAGCCCCAUCGUUACAGAGAUUAAGUGUUCGAGGCCAACACCUACAUCUGCACCCUCGUCAGAAUCUUUGACUAGCAGUGAAGGUAGUGACUGUUCAUGCAAUUGCGAUGCACAUAAGUCACCAGCCACUUCUGUUCCUCCUACUCCAUUCAGCUACCCAACAUCCGCGCCAUCAUCUGCAAUCCUGGGACGUCUUCGCAUUCCAGCUUCACCAGCAUCUUCCUAUGCUGAAUCUCCCUUAAGCGCACGCUCUCCCUUUAGUGCACGAAGCGCACGUUCGCCAUAUGAUUGGGAUCUUAGAGCCAAAGGAAGAUACUUUGAUAUCAAACCACAGAAGCAAACACGGUCAAGCGUUCGUCAAGUCAGGGAAGUUGUCACCCGAACAGUCACAUAUACACCUCGAAUGAGCCCCGCACCCAAGGGCAAGAGAAGGAAAGUCGACCAUCAUGUGGAGUAG